AUGCUGCAACAUCAGCAACAAUCUCAAGUGUCGCAAGGAUAUUAUGAUUACAACCAAUCUAGCCCUGGAAAUAUUACUAAUUCGGACUCACUUAAUACAACACCAUUCUCCGUUAAGGAUAUUUUAAAUUUGGUUAAUCAAAAUGACAACUAUGACAGUUAUGGUCAGUUAGAAAGUAGUCCGUUACAUCCUUCCUCAGCACAAUAUAUUAAUGAUUAUGAUGAACAACAACGUGUUGGUUAUUCGCAUCAGGAAUCUGUAACAGCAAUUCUUCCACAUGGUCACCAUAUAACUCCUGUAGCAGCGAUGUCGCCUCAUAGUCCGUUACAUCCUUCCUCAGCACAAUAUAUUAAUGAUUAUGAUGAACAGCAACGUGUUGGUUAUUCGCAUCAGGAAUCUGUAACAGCAAUUCUUCCACAUGGUCACCAUAUAACUCCUGUAGCAGCGAUGUCGCCUCAGUACUAUUCCAACGAAUUUACACAAACUGCACAUUCACAUUCAAAUGGUUUGAGCCAUCAUCCAGCAUAUGCAACUACAGCACUACAUUCGCAUCAUGCACAGGCACAGGCACAGGCACAGGCGCAGGCACACCAUACACAACACUAUUAUCCGCCAUACAAUUCAUCACAUCAGUUUUAUGUACCGCCACCACCACCACCUCCGCCACCACUUGUUUCAGACUCAGCUUCUUCUUAUCCCGCAUCUUUUUGUUCGCAAACUGGCCAGCAUUCUUCUGCUUACAAUUACAGUUAUGGAGUACCUGGUGGCACUCCAUAUGGCAAUUCACAAGCAAGUGCUCAUGCAUUAAUAAAGUCUGAAGCACAAUCACCUCAGACUGAAUAUAUAUCAACGCCCUUUAUAACGCCUUCUCCUACCUUGGACUUAAAUAGUUCCGCUGAAGUAGAUGUAUUGCACGUAGCAGCAGUUCAACAGCCGGCAGCUUCGACAGUCAGUUGUAAAAAACUAUCAAUGGCAGCACAGUCCGUACAGAACUUACUGGAAACAGCUAAUAACUCGGCUUCACUACGCAGCAUAUCCAGCGGAACUGCUACGGAUAUAGUGCACAAUUUCGACCAAUGUACGGAUGGUAUUAUAUCAGACGUCCAAAAACGUACCAUAUCAAUGUAUAUUUUAGAAGAUAACACGCAAGUGACAUCAUCACGUUCAGAGUUACGUAAAAAUGGAAAGCCACGUUCUAAGCGUAAACCUAGAGUUCUCUUCUCUCAAGCACAAGUACUAGAGUUGGAAUGUCGGUUUCGUUUGCAAAAAUAUUUGACAGGUGCUGAGCGGGAAGUCAUUGCACACAAAUUAAAUCUGUCGCCCACCCAAGUAAAAAUUUGGUUUCAAAAUCGUCGUUAUAAGUCGAAGAGAGGUGAAAUCGAUGGCGACAUAGUCAUAGCAUCCAUGAAAUACAAACCAGAGCAUAUGGGAUCACAUCAAGCUCUUAUGUGGAACGAAGUCCAUCAUCAGUGACAGAAGCGUUGCUUUAUAUAGUAAGGCCAAUA